UAAGGAUAAUAGAAAGAAGCAAACAGUUCCUCACACAGGUGGAUCGAAAAGCAUUGCACGGAAGAAGAAUGAGAUGGAGCAAGAGCUUGGUCGCAAAGUUAGUAGGGGAGAAGUUUGGAUAGCAACACAUAAACAUGCUAAUGGGGAAUUUGUGAAUGAUGGAGCAAGAGAGAUUGGAGAAAAAAUUAAAGCAUAUGAGACAAAUACAUCUUCCCUUUCACAAGAUAUAUCAAUUGAAGAUUCACUAGCUCAUGUUCUAGGAAGUAAAAAACAUUGUGGUCGUGUCCGAGGAAUGGGAUUGGGACCUUGCCCUUCUCGUGUGUUUGGAUAUACUAAGAAUUUUCAUUUUGGGACAUCCUCAUCUUGUCCUUCUUAUUCAGAAUUGCAAAAUCAGGUCACUGCAUUAAAGUCACAAUUGGAUGAACAAAAUAAACGAAAUGAAGAACGUGACAAAAGACUUGAUGCAAUCAUGAACUUCUUUUCUCAAAAUUAUCAAGGUCAAUUGCCUCUUGAGUUGACUAUGUUCAAUCCUGCACCGGUUUCUGAUCAAGGAAGUGUGCCAACUAAUACAACAAGUUCUGGACAUGAGGAAAAUCAUAUGUGAUAGUUGAAGAAUAUAAUAUAAUGUGGAAGUUAAUUGAAUCAUUUUAUGUUUUGAGAACCAUUGCAGUACUUCAUGAUAGUUUUUGCUGACUAAU